AUGUCUACAGAAGUUCCUACUUUCAAAUUGGUCUUGGUCGGUGACGGUGGUACCGGUAAGACCACUUUUGUCAAGAGACAUUUGACCGGUGAAUUCGAAAAGAAAUACAUCGCUACGAUCGGUGUCGAAGUGCACCCUCUUGCGUUCUACACAAACUUUGGUGAAAUCAAGUUCGACGUGUGGGAUACCGCCGGUCAAGAAAAAUUUGGUGGUUUGAGAGACGGCUACUACAUUAACGCUCAAUGCGGAAUCAUCAUGUUCGACGUUACGUCGCGUAUCACCUACAAGAACGUGCCAAACUGGCACAGGGACUUGGUGCGUGUGUGUGAAAACAUCCCAAUCGUGCUAUGUGGUAACAAAGUGGACGUGAAAGAGAGAAAGGUCAAGGCCAAGACCAUCACUUUUCACAGAAAGAAGAAUUUGCAAUAUUACGAUAUUUCUGCCAAGUCCAACUACAACUUUGAGAAGCCUUUCUUGUGGCUUGCAAGAAAGCUUGCGGGCAACCCACAACUGGAAUUUGUUGCUUCACCUGCGCUCGCACCUCCAGAAGUGCAAGUCGACGAGCAAUUGAUGCAACAGUACCAGCAAGAAAUGGAGCAGGCCACUGCUUUGCCAUUGCCCGACGAAGACGACGCCGACUUGUAA